AUGCAUAUUUCCUUCAAUGAUAGGUCCCCUGAUGAGCUCCAUGUCUCCCACACAGACGGCAAGAGGUCCUUGCAGUGCGGCGUGUGUGACAAAGUCUUCAGCCGCAGGUCGCACCUGCGAACACACUUGUUUUCUCACGCUCGCGUCAAACGGUACGGCUGCGACGUUUGCGGCAGGAAGUACACGGAAAAGAAGAACCUGGUGAUCCACAGUCGCACGCACACGGGCGAGAGGCCCUUCGAGUGUUCGUCGUGCGCUGCAGCGUUCACCAGCCACCAGAAUCGGAGAAGACACAUGCUGACUCAUACCGGCGAAAGACCGCACGAGUGCGACGUCUGUGGAAAGAGAUUUGUCACAAAAACAAAUUUCGCGCGACACGCACUCACUCAUUCAGGGAAGAAGGCGUUCGCCUGCCACGUGUGCGGCCGAAAGUUUUCCCGGAGAACCACACUCAGGACCCACGCCCGUACACACACUGGCGAGAAGCCGUACACCUGCCACCUGUGUCCAGCUAGUUUUGCGCAAUUGAAUACGCUGAAAGUGCACGUUGUAAGCCACACCGGCGACCGACCUUACAGGUGCGACGCAUGCGGAAAGAGGUUCAGAUCGAGGGGCAACCUUUGGCAGCAUAAGGUCGUUCACACGGGUGUGAAGAAGUUUAGUUGUGAGUACUGCGGCCGCGCGUUUAAUUUGAAAGAAGGACUAACCAGCCACACCCGCACGCACACUGGCGAGAAGCCGUACCACUGCCACCUGUGUCCUGCUGCAUUCGCGCGCAUUAGUACUCUAAAAGACCAUGUUCUGACCCACACCGGUGAGCGACCUCACAUGUGCGAGGCAUCCAGCCAUGGCCAGAGGCAAGCGAGGGACGUCUCAGCACGCCUCCAGCCCAGUUCAAAGCUCUCGAAGAAGAAUCCGCGAGAAUAG